AUAACAAUACAACACAACUCUACAUUACAAAUCCCAUCUAUCUAUCUCACUAUCUGUAUCUGAUUAUCUUUUCUCCGACAAACAAAACAAAACCAAACCGCAGGAGAAAAAAAAAAGUCACUGUCCAUUUUUCCAGUUUCCACCUUCUCCAUUUUCCAAUACCGUUCUAUCAUGGCACACUACCCCUUACAGCGUCGGAAUCUAGCAGCUCCAGAAUCUAACCCUACAACCCCAAACCCAGAUCUCAUCCAAACCUAUAAACCCUCUUUCUUAGUAAAACACUUGACAAACCUAAACUUGAGUCAACCCCACAAAACCCGUCCACCCCAAAAACACUCUCCUCUUAUUGACACCCAUUUGCAGGCCAAAGCCAUACAAGAGAAAGAGAGUUCUGUUACUGUGCCUGUGAAGAGAACCCACAAAGAGAAGCCCCAAAGGCACUGUUUGAAAUUGGAAAGGAGGGAACUUGGUGAUCAUAAUGAUAAGGGCAUGGUCGAGGAUGCUAAGGUUGUAAAAGGAAAACCUAGGAAUCCUCAUUUGGAGAAACAUGAUGUUGUUGUUGUUGCUGCUGCUGAGAGAAUGUCCGUGUCGUCUUUGGCUCCGGGUGGGGGUAGAAGGAGAUCCUUCUGUGGAACACAGGCUAAUUUAAGAGAUGUCUUUGCAAUCAAUGGUGCCAAAAUGGUUUCGGUUGAUAUGCCACCCUUUAUGCAGAUCCAUGCUGUGGAUUGUGCUAGAAAGGCCAUAGAUAGCAUGGAGAAGUUCACAUCCAAAACCCUUGCACUCUCCCUCAAGAAGGAAUUUGAUGGGGUGUAUGGACCGGCAUGGCACUGUAUUGUGGGGACUAGUUUUGGGUCUUUUGUGACCCAUUCUGUUGGAGGGUUUCUAUAUUUCUCCAUGGAUCAAAAAUUAUACAUCCUCUUAUUUAAGACCGCUGUACAAAAAGCAGCUUGAAGGAGGUGAAUGAAUUCUGCAUUGGUCAGAACUCAGAAAAGAAGAUUUUUGGAAUACAUUUUUGUCUUAGAAAGAAAAAAAAAAAAAAAAAAAAGCCUUAGAGUAGCAGCAUUCCUCUGUACAUUACCUCUGCUUCAAAAAGGGAUCACCCACUUUGUUUCGGUUUAAUUCUACUACCUAAGUGGGUCUGAAGAUGUUAAUUAAUGCGGUGUGUAACAAAUAGAGUUAAUGGAAGAAACCAACUUUACAAGCCACGUGCACCGAUUGUUGUUGUGUAUCUACAUUUAUCUAUCUUUUUGACUGAAAUCAAAUUUGAUUGUACAAUUAUUAGAAUUUAAAUUUUUAAAUUAUUUCAUACUUUCCGAUUGC